AUGGCGGCUCCCAGGAGCGAACUUCUGAAUGAGCAAAACUUCGAAAAGCAGAUCCCUGUGGCGAUCGAGCCCAAGGAUACUUCACUCCAUGGCCUGACUCAAAAUCAGGCGCCGAGGCAGGGUGUCAUGGUGCCUAUUGUGGACGAAGUAAAGGUCCUAAGAAAGAUGGACAUUCGCAUCAUUCCGAUUCUCGCGGUCUUGUUUCUCCUCUCGUACUUGGACCGGAGCAAUAUUGGCAAUGCUAAGAUCCAGGGAAUGACUGAAGAUCUAAAGAUAACGAGUGAACAGUUCAACCUCUGCCUGACCGUGUUCUACUUCACUUAUGCUGCGGUCGAGAUUCCAUCCAACAUAUUGCUUAAAAAACUAAAGCCAUCAGUCUGGUUCGCAUCGAUCAUGAUAGCGUGGGGUUCAGUGACUACCUUGAUUGGUGUUGUCCAGAACUACCAUGGCUUGUUGAUUGCUCGUAUUUUUUUGGGAAUAACUGAAGGAGGGAUGUAUCCAGGCAUCGUAUAUUAUGUCACACAGUUUUAUUCCCGGAGGGACGCACAGUUUCGUCAGGCACUCUGUUUCUCCUCUGUAGCUCUAGCCGGGGCAUUCUCCGGGUUACUAGCUUACGCUAUUGGGAAAAUGGACGGCGUCGGAGGUCUAGCGGGCUGGCGUUGGAUCUUUAUUCUCGAGGGGAUUCUGACAGUCGUCGUUGCAUGUUGUGCUUACUUCUGGAUUAUUGACAGCCCAGAGGCGGCAGGAUUCCUAACUAAAGAAGAACGAGAAUGGGUUAUCAGUCGCACCGUUUUCAAGCCCAUAAAUGCAGAAGGCCAGGCCAUCGAACAGGAUGACGAAUUUCAGUGGAAGUACGUCAAGGAUGCUUUGACGGACUGGCAAGUUCUCACUGCCAUGUUCAUGAACAUGGGUCUCCUUGUACCUCUAUAUGGAAUUUCUGUCUUCCUGCCUACCAUCAUCAGAGACCUGGGUUAUCGCUCAACCACAGCGCAGCUCAUGACUGUCCCUGUUUAUGGCCUGUCCACGGUAUUGUCUCUUGGGGCCGCCUGGAUCGUGGAUCGCAAGGAGCAACGAUCUCCUUUCCUUAUUGGCCUGAUCCUGUGCACCAUGGCUGGAUAUGUCAUAACCAUAGCGGGCGCGGCCAAGGGAAUUGCAGGAGUAACUUAUGCCGGCGUCUUCGUCGUGGUCAGUGGUAUCUACACCGCGUUCCCUGGCAACAUUGCUUGGAUCAGCAACAACGUCGCUGGAAACUACAAGAGAGCUUGUGCAAUGGCUAUACAUGUCGGAUUCGGCAACAUGGGGGGAGCAAUGUCAUCCAACUUCUAUCGCGCUCGAGAUAGUCCCAAGUUCCUGUUGGGCCACGCUCUUUCAUUUGGCUUUCUCGGCGUUGCAAUGAUGGCAGUUCUGGCUUUGAGAUUGGGCUACCAACGUGUUAAUAAGCAGAGAGAAACUCAAACUUUGGAUGGAUACAGCGACUUGGAGCUCAGCCGAAUGGGUGAUAAGGCACCAAACUUCAAAUACAGCCUCUGA